AACGGUGACGAGAAUACGCCCCAAACUCCAACACAUGCGGCGGUGUCGACUCCCUGCUGUAGCCGACUGAGCGCUCUACAUGUUUCGUUAGUUACUCUACACUCAGACACGUCAAAGGAGCGUUCUGUAUCAACAAGAGUUUCUGAAGUUGGUUGGGCAAACCUUACAGCCGCAUAUAUCUCCUUUGCGCGCUCUCUCUUCCCCAUAAUGGAUAAUUCUAAAUCAAAUGCUGUCGCGGUUAACGUAGUGAACGGACAUUCUAAAAGUGAUGAAGCUUCGGUAACCGAAUCCACCGUAGAGUCACCUGUGUUUUGCUGCGGCUGUCUGAGGCGGAUCAGAGGCUGGAUCCCCGUGCAUUAUAAAGAAGAGAUUGGCCAAAUUCUGAAACUAACGGGACCGGUGGUUAUAUCCCAGCUGAUGAUCUUUCUGAUCAGUUUUGUCAGCACCGUGUUCUGUGGUCACCUGGGGAAGACUGAGCUGGCUGGGGUGGCACUGGCUAUAGCGGUGAUCAAUGUCACCGGACUCUCCAUUGGCUCUGGCCUGGCAUCAGCCUGUGACACUCUCAUAUCUCAGACAUUUGGCAGUGGUAAUAUGAAUCGUGUUGGCAUGAUUCUACAAAGGGGGGUUCUGAUUCUGCUCCUGGCCUGCUUCCCCUGCUGGGCUCUCCUCAUCAACACUGAACCCAUCCUAUUGGCUGUUAAACAGAGCCCGGAGGUCGCCAGGCUCUCCCAGCUGUAUGUGAUGAUCUUCAUGCCAGCCUUGCCAGCUGCCUUCAUGUUCCUGCUGCAGGGGAAAUAUCUGCAGAAUCAGGGUAUCAUCUGGCCUACCGUGCUAGUAGGAGUGGUGGGGAACAUUCUCAAUGCUCUCAUCAACUACAUCUUCCUCUAUGUGCUGGACCUGGGCGUAGCUGGUUCUGCUGCAGCCAACUCCAUCUCCCAGUACUCCCUGGCUGUCUUUCUCUACUGCUAUAUUGUCUGGCAGGGUCUGCACAAGGCCACCUGGGAAGGUUGGUCAGCUGACUGCCUGCAGGAGUGGGGUCAGUUCAUCACACUGGCCAUCCCAAGUAUGCUAAUGCUGUGUCUGGAAUGGUGGACCUAUGAGAUCGGCGGUUUCCUGGCAGGUCUUAUCAGUGAGGUGGAGUUGGGGGCUCAGUCUGUUGUCUAUCAGCUAGCUGUCAUGACCUACAUGUUUCCUCUUGGAUUCUCAGUAGCAGCCAGUGUGAGGGUGGGCAACGCUCUGGGUGCAGGGAACACAGAACAGGCCAAGCUGUCUGGGAAGGUUGCCUCCAUCUGUGCAUUCAUCGUCUCGUGUUUUGUCAGUACGUUUGUCCUCGUGACUAAAGACGUGAUCGGGUACAUCUUUACCACAGAACAGGACAUUGUGAAGAGGGUGGCUGACAUCAUGAUCCUGUAUGGCUUCUUCCAUCUGGCAGACACCUUCGUGGGCGUGAUGGGCGGUGUCGUGCGUGGAGCAGGAAAGCAGAAGAUUGGAGCGUUGUGUAAUCUGGUUGGCUACUACUUCAUAGGCUUCCCCAUUGGAGUCUCCCUCAUGUUCCCUAACAAGAUGGGCAUCAUGGGUUUGUGGAUAGGCCUGUUCGCCUGUGUUUUAAUCCAGUCCUUGUUCUUGGUAGUUCUGCUGUGUAAACUGGACUGGAAAAAAGCCAGUCAAGAGGCUCUGGUGAGGGCAGGAGUCCAGCUCCCUGAAAGGAGAGAAGAGCAGUUUGGACUGGAGAAGAGAGGCUGGUCGGAGGCGGUCCCACCCAGCGACGAGAGCCCUGGGGAGGGAAAGACGGACGUGGAGGGGCUGGAUGGGGACAGGGGGGAAGGCGCGGGGGAGUUAGAGGCUGAGGCGGGGCCGGUGGUCAGUACGGUGAGGUUGACUGUCAGACAGCUGGUGCUUCGUCGUGGGCUAGUUGUCAUCCUCAUGUUCCUCAUCCUCACCGCUGGAAUCAUCCUCAGUGAACUACUCACCAGCCUGCUGCUCGGAUAAACUGAGCCAAAGAGAUUACCCACAGCCACAUAUACAGUACAGGAGAUUACCACAGCCACAUAUACAGUACAGAAGGUGACUACAGCCACAUAUACAGUACAGGAGAUUACCCACAGCCACAUAUACAGUACAGGAGGUUACUACAGCCCCAUAUACAGUACAGGAGGUGACUACAGCCACAUAUACAGUACAGGAGGUUACCCACAGCCACAUAUACAGUACAGGAGGUUACUACAGCCACAUAUACAGUACAGGAGGUUACCCACAGUACAGGAGGUUACCCACAGCCACAUAUACAGUACAGGAGGUUACUACAGCCACAUAUACAGUACAGGAGAUUACCCACAGCCACAUAUACAGUACAGGAGAUUACCCACAGUACAGGAGGUUCCCACAGCCACAUAUACAGUACAGUAGGUUACCACAGCCACAUAUACAGUACAGGAGGUUACUACAGCCACAUAUACAGUACAGGAGGUUACCCACAGUACAGGAGGUUACCACAGCCCCAUAUACAGUACAGGAGGUUACUACAGCCACAUAUACAGUACAGGAGGUUACCACAGCCACAUAUACAAUACAGGUGGUUACCACAGCCACAUAUACAAUACAGGAGGUUACCCACAUCCACAUAUACAGUACAGGGGGUUACCACAGCCACAUAUACAAUACAAGAGGUUACCACAGCCACAUAUACUGUGCAUGAGGUUACCCAUAGCCACAUAUACAAUACAGGAGGAUACUCACAGCCACAUAUACAGUACAGGAGGUUACUCACAACCACAUAUACAUGAGGUUACAGUCAACCACAUACACAGUACAGGAGGUUACCCUCAAUCACAUAUACAGGACGUUACAGUCAACCACAUAUACAGUACAGGAGGUUACAGUCAACCACAUAUACAGUACAGGAGGUUACCCUCAACCACAUAUACAGGAGGUUACAGUCAACCACAUAUACAGUACAUGAGCCAUAUGUAUUUAAACCAAAGAUGGUACUCACACAGCCAUACAGGAGUUACUGUAUGACCCAAAGGGUUCACUUCUGUGGACAUUUAAUCAUGGACAAUAGAAGGGAAUGAUCACUAACCCAGAAGGCAACAUUUGGCACAUUAUGUCGUCUUAAUAAUGUAAUUUACUGGUUAUUAACUGGAUAAGAAUGUGUAUAGCCAGAUGACAACAAUCUCUGUUACCAGUUAGACAUAUCAUAUAAGAUCAGGAUGGGAAGGAUUUUGGUUGUUAUCAGAUUACAGACAGAUGUAUUUUUCUGGUUGGUAAAAAGACGUUAAACGAAACUUCCUACAACCGGUAUACAACCUGACCAGUUUUGCCCACUGGUUCAGGGUUGGUCAUCCCUUGAAGGUUAUUAACACUGUUAGCAUUGCAGGGCAUGUCGGAAUGGCUUCAACUGACUUGAGAAGGUCGUGGAAACAAUGCUCUUCAUUAGAUAAGGAGAUAUGUGUUCGGUAACAAAGCUCUUUUUUAAGGAGAUGUUUUUCUAGUGGCUACUAAUAACAACAAGUCUGUUGUGUUUUGAAGUGGAGCUGGUUCCCUAUUCUGCUUUUCACGUUCUGUCAUCAUUAAAUUAAAUCUGCAUAAACUGUGCUGUGCUCUUCUUGUUUCACUGGCAUGGGUAUACAAUGCUGACAAUCCCUAGCAUGGGUUUAUAGGAUGCUAGUCC